GUUGGUUGAUUUUGAUCGUCUUGCUCAUGACUCCUCUCUCAGGGACGGGGAGGAAGAGGGGGAGAAUGAUGAUGAUGAUGAUGAUGCGUCGAUCGUAUCGUAUGAGGAUGAACUCGGUCGCUCGAGAAAGGGUACCAGGGCUCAGGCGGCUGAGGCCGCUAGAUUGAAACACUCAGAAACAGAGGAAGGGGAGAGGUGGCGCCCCGCUCGUCCUGAGAAUCUCAUCUACGGCGUUACCGUCCAGAGCGAGGCCUUCCAGCCUGACACUGCUGUCGCGGAUCAUAUGGCUUAUCUGGCUAAACGCCGGGAUCGCUCUGCUACGCCGCCGGAGGAGACGCACUAUGAUGCUGAGGCUGAGGUGCGUAAUCGCGGUACCGGGUUCUAUGCUUUUUCGAAGGAUGAGGAGACGAGGAAGCGACAGAUGGAGGAGUUGCGUGCUGCGAGGGAGGAGACGCAGCGUGAGAGGGAGGAGAAAUUGCGGAGGCGCGCUAGGAAGGAAGAUGCUCGGACGGAACGCAUGAAGAAGGUGGAGGAGCUGCGCUCCAAGAGGCGCGCGGAGUUGUUCCUUGCGGGGCUUGGCGAUGUCGGCGUUGUUUGAUUGCAUCUUUUACUAUGUUCUGUGAUUAUCUGCCUUUUACUUUCCCGGCG